UUGUAAACAUCCGAAGAUGUUCACAAAAGUAGUCGCAUUAUUCUGUUUGGUGGCUGUGGCUGCGGCCACGGACCUCACCGUGGGCAAAAGAGACGGACGAUUAAUAUUCUACACGACUAUUACCGCCAGACCUACCAUCUGGAAACAAGUGCAGAACCUCACUGUGAACGCGACCGACGACGCCCUCAUCACACGAGUGGUUGUCAUUGACAACAGGCCAGAGAAGGACGGAGAAGCCAGAGUGGUCGACGGAGGUGUAGGACACAAUAAUGUCACCAUCGAGCUGAAGAGCCCCACUGUGUUCAGAGGAUUCAACUUCACCGUGAAAGUGUUCGAGAGGAAAGUAGGCGAGCAAAACCGACGUCACCCAGUGUUUGUUGGGACAGAUACCCAAAAGCCGGUUAAAAUGGUUGUACACAAACCCCAGGAACCAAAGCCGACACCCAGCACUACUGAAGCACACAACAACGGCCAGGUCACAGUGAAACCAGCUGCACCGGGAGUGGGAACGUACAUUUUUUAAAACAUUACAUAAAAUGUGAUAUUUACAAUUACAUAUUACGUGAACGUAUUUACAUCAGCCGCAGACAGUACUUCAACUUCAAUGUUUACCAUUUAUUACUGAAAAUAAAACAUAUUUACCUAUAAA